AUGGUGAGCUCAACGAUCGAACGUGUUAAUAUCACCGUCUCCCGGACACGAAUUCGAAGUGGACGCAGACGAUAUAGAAGAAUUUCCCAGCUAGAGAAUCGUUUGCAAGAAAGACGGCGUAGCAAUACUAAUCAAGCAGACAGUCAGAACUCUCAACACAAGCGAAAGAAAUCAGCUACAGAGAAAAAAGGUCUCUUGGAGAGACUUGCAGAAGGACCAGUCAUUAGUGAUGGCAGUUACUGUUUUGUUCUUGAGCGUCGUGGUUACGCGACGGCAGGCUUUUGGACACCAGAGGCUGUUGUCGAGAAUGCUGAUGCGGUCACCGAUCUGCACAAGGAGUUUGCAAGAGCUGGAGCUGACGUUAUACAGGCUUACACUUUUCAUGCUAGUGAAGACAAGCUAGCAGCGGCAGGAAACAAAGCAGCAGCUGAUUUUGGAGUGACCACCAUUAAUAAUGAAGCUUGUCGCUUGGCGAAGGAAAUAGCAGACCAGUAUGGUACCUUGGUGGCUGCCGGGCUCUCACCCACACCAAGUUAUAAAGAAGGCAAAGGAAAGGAAUUCGUGCAGAAAGAAUUUAAAAUGCAAACCGAUGUGUUCACAAAGCAUGACGUCGACUUUAUGAUUGUUGAGUUCUUUGGACAUCUAGAAGAGAUGCUGUGGGCUAUCGAGGUCUGCAAAACUAUGGGAAAGCCAAUAGCUGCAAGCAUGUGCAUUGGACCGGAAGGAGAUUGGGAUGGCCAUUCUGCUGGAGAAUGUGCAGUUGCAAUGGCAAAGGCUGGAGCUGAUGUCGUUGGUGUAAACUGUCUGUUUGAUCCCACCAUUUCUCUAAAGGCAAUUGCAGUGAUGAAAGAGGCUCUUAGUACUGCUAAUCUCAACCCUUAUCUCAUGUGUCAACCCAUAGCCUAUCACACACCGGAUGUAAACAAAUAUGGCUUGAGUGAGAGCCCUGAGUAUCCAUUUGCACUCGAACCUCGUUUACUGACCCGGUGGGACAUGCACAAAUUUGCUCGAGAAGCCCACGAGAUGGGUGUUCGGUACCUUGGAGGAUGCUGUGGGAUGGAAUCUUACCACAUUAGAGCUAUUGCAGAAGAGUUGGCACCAGAAAGAGGUGGCCGCCUUGGUGCGGCCAGUGAGAAGCACGGGCUAUGGGGAGAAUCCCUGAAGGGCAGCACUGCUAGUGCAACUUUUAAAAUGAGGGUUGGCAAGGAUUACUGGAGCAAAGAACCAGCAACCGGCCGUCCAUUUAGUCCAACCUUUUCAAGACCACUUGUCGAUCCCAAAUGAGGUGUAACAUGUGCCUUCAUACGGAUGGCAAGUAGUCAACUUUUUCAGCUAUUGCAUGGCCUUUUUAGUUGAUCUGUAUGUAUUGGUGCAAACGGAUCUAGAAACUGGAAACAGGAAUGUUGUGUGCAUUGCCUUUAACCAUGCACUAAGCAGCACAAAUAUAAGUUUGCCU